AUGUGCUAUACCUGGCACACCAUCAAAUUCCUAUGUGAUUUCGAAGAUCGCGCUCGUCCCGGCAAAACGCAUGUCUAUUCCAAGACACAUCAUCUCGCCCAGCAAUGGAUAGGAUGUGACAAAAACAAAAAUCGAAAUCUCCACCACAUAAGCUUCUUUGAGACCGAGACACGAAGGCCUUGUGAGAAAAGUGUAAGGGUUUUGGCUUCCAAAAUUUGUCCUGACUGCAGUGCCAAAUACGGGAAAUCCAUCACCGAACGAAUAACCUCCCACACGAGAACCAUAAUCUACCUCUUGGAAAAAGCUGGCGGUAUCGAUACCGAAAUUACUGGCCCGGAGCUAAUGAAAGGGGAUGUGUUUCACGCCGUCGUCAAAUACCACAGUUACCUGAGCGAUGUCGCCCACACCCACACAUACGAUCGGAGACAUCCAGACCAUCCACCAGAUCCGGAGAAUGAUAACGAGAGCGAGCGAAAAUAUUUGCAUGCGCUCAUAGAUUUGGAGAACCAAAUACUCAAUGAACGUUAUAUUCAGGAGAGGAAGCCCGAUGGCGGCGAUAGAGGAAUCAUAAGAGAACUUUUUUAUCAGCAGGUCAGGGCAAGGAUUGAGCGACAUAGAAUCUCCGUACCAUGGUCAAUAAAAACCCAGGACAAAGCUAAAAGUUGGCCCCCGCAAUCUGAAAGUUGGCCCCCGCAAUCUGAAGGUUGGCCCCCGCAAUCUAACCGUCGGCCCCCGCAAUCUAAGUGA